UAAUAUCGAUGAAUAAAUUAAAUAAAACGCAGCAAUUGCUUAAUCGGCAUCAUAAGAGGCUAUGGCAAAAAAGUCGAAGGUUUAUAGAAACAUUAGUUCUUAAAUAAAGGUAGUUUUCCUUUAAUAUUUUCGACCAGUACAAAUAUUUUACAUUGCCAUAUCGUUGUUACAUUAGUUCGAAAAGUCAUCGAGACCGAUUUGUGCCAUUUCUUUAAAAUAAUUUCGUUGUAAGAGUAAUAGUCGGCCAAGUUUUAAAAUGAUUUUUUUGGAAAUUCACGAAAUUGUUUUUUUUCGUCUAUUUCUAAUACGAUGUAUAUACCAUAUUAGACAGAAAACAGCGAGAACGAGAAGAACACUAAAAAUUAUUAUGCCAAUGAUCGCACUGACAUUAAUAUUUAUUUCAACAAUGCAAAUAGUCUCGCAAUCAGUAGUUGUCUGCGCUGUUGUAACUUCUGUAAUUGGUGGUAACACCGUUGGAAGAGGAGACGGAAAAGGCACUGAUGUCGUCAUCGAGGUAGACGUCGAUGAUCUAGUUGUUGUUGUAUCUGUCGUAUUCCUCGUACUUGGAAUUGGUGGAGUUGGCGCUGUUGGAGAAGGAGGAAAAGUCGUUGAUGUUCUCGUCGUAGUAGACGUCGGCAAUGUUUCUGUUGUUUUAUACGCAGUUGUUGUUGUAUCUGUCGUAUUCCUCGUACUUGGAAUAAUUGGUGGAGGUGACACUGUUGGAGGAGGAGGAAAAGUCGUUGAUGUUCUCGUCGUAGUAAACGUCGGCAAUGUUUCUGUUGUUUUAUAUGCAGCUGUUGUUGUUGUAUUUAUCAUUUCUGUUGUAACUAUUGACGGGGUAGAGGAUGGAAUCGUAGUAUUUGGGAUAUCGGAUGCAGUCGUUGGACUGGUCAGUGUCGUUGAUGUUGUCGGAAGCGUUGAAAUGUCCGGUGCGGUUUCUGUUAUGUUUGCCGUUGUCUCUGCGGCAUCCGUUGUAGUCGAAGGUGCUAUCGUGGGUAACGAUGGAUACGAUGCACAAUGUGCUCCACACGGUAUCGUAGGCGACGUUGUUAUCGUUGCCGUUGUGUUCGAUUCUGUUGUCACUCUCGUGGUUUCUGUUGUAUAUUCCGUUUGCGAAGUUGUGCAUGCCACUAUUAGAACAGAUAUUUUAUAUAUCGAUAUUUGCUGA